AUGUCUGGACGCGGCAAGCAGGGCGGCAAGGCUCGCGCCAAGGCCAAGACCCGCUCGUCCCGCGCCGGCCUGCAGUUCCCCGUGGGCCGCGUGCACCGGCUCCUCCGCAAGGGCAACUACUCGGAGCGGGUGGGCGCCGGCGCCCCGGUCUACCUGGCGGCCGUGCUGGAGUACCUGACGGCCGAGAUCCUGGAGCUGGCUGGCAACGCGGCCCGCGACAACAAGAAGACGCGCAUCAUCCCGCGCCACCUGCAGCUGGCCAUCCGCAACGACGAGGAGCUCAACAAGCUGCUGGGCCGCGUGACCAUCGCGCAGGGUGGCGUCCUGCCCAACAUCCAGGCGGUGCUGCUGCCCAAGAAGACCGAGAGCCACCACAAGGCCAAGGGAAAAUGAGGCAUUUGACCAAAGCCACUUAAAAAGCAGACCAAAGGCUCUUUUCAGGGCCACCUA